AUGACAAACAACAGCACCACUGUUUGUAUUGUCCAUUCACGUCAAUAUUCAUCAAAAUUUCAGUCAAAUUUAAAUAAAUUAAGAUCAACUAAUGAACCGGUGACAUUGAUCAGCCGAUUACCAAAGAGAUGUUGCUCCUGCAACAGUGAAACAUCCACAACAGUAAAACCGGAAACUGAUCAAAUGUUGUUCGAUUUAAUACAAACAGUUUAUCAAACUGUCAAAGAUGAAGCAACUACAGCUUCUGACAAACCUCAAACUCCAAAACCGAUACACAUUAAUCUCGAUGACAGUAGUCAGUCAUCGAAAUCAGUUAUCGGUCGUUUCGUCGACAAGAAAGGUGCACACAUUAAAACAUAUGAGCGUCUCUACCCAUCAAUUAAAUCAGUACAAAUUCUGUGUUCUACAACGAAACAAAAAGUUUUAAAAAACUAUCGUGAUAUAGCCAAACCUUUACCACAAAUUCACAUACAACUGACCGCUCGACUCUCAAUCGAUGACGAAACAUCGUUAGUUAAUAGAAUUAAAUUUGAUUGGCAACGUGCAAUUACAACACAACAGGAUUUUGAACGAAAAUGGGCAGUAUCAAAAGCAGAACGUAGGAAACAACGUGGUCUAAGGGUUGUUCGACGUACAAAUGUCGUAUCUUCCUACUAUUCCUCUGACAUACAUUUACCAGAAAAGUAUACAUUAUCACAUGCUCCACCUGAAAAGUAUACAUAUUCACUGUCACAUGUUACACAAUAUCGUGAAAAACAACGACGUCGUCGUCGAGAAUCAGAACCAAUUAUGCUACGUACAAGUCGUAAUUUAGAAGGAAGACGUACACGGGCAACGGGUGAUCCAGAACAAGAGACAAAACGAAUUGUUUAUCGUCAGAAAAAAGUAGGUUCGAAUAUGAAAGAUAAACAAUGGUUAGUUAAAGAACAAUUGGAAGAUAAUUAUUCUGACUUGUCAGCUGAGUAG